UCGGGCCGCGCAUAAAAGCCUGGGCGGCCCAGGGCGCACUGGGCGCUGAGAACGCGGGUCCACGCGUCUGGUCGUCCGUGCGUCAGGCCUUUACCCACGCAGUAACCAGGCCCGUUACGCAGCGUGACCUUGGGAAGGGAGAACAAAAGGUCUUUGCUCCCCGCACUGACCGGGCGGGGGUCUCAGCUUCCAGUUAUGACCUGCAAAGCGCAAAUCGGCAAGCGCGCCCCUGACUUCAAAGCCACCGCCGUGGUGGAUGGCGCCUUUAAGGAGGUGAAGCUCUCGGACUACGAAGGGAAGUACGUGGUCCUCUUUUUCUACCCGCUGGACUUCACUUUUGUGUGCCCCACGGAGAUCAUCGCUUUCAGCGAUCACGCUGAGGACUUCCACAAGCUGGGCUGCGAAGUGCUGGGGGUCUCUGUGGACUCCCAGUUCACCCACCUGGCUUGGAUCAACACCCCCCGGAAGGAGGGAGGCCUGGGCCCCCUGAACAUCCCCCUGCUUGCUGAUGUGUCUAGAAGCUUGUCUCACGACUACGGCGUACUGAAAGAUGAUGAAGGCAUUGCCUACAGGGGUCUCUUCAUUAUCGACGGCAAGGGUGUCCUUCGUCAGAUCACUAUUAACGAUCUGCCUGUGGGGCGCUCCGUGGACGAGGCCCUGCGGCUGGUCCAGGCCUUCCAAUACACCGACGAGCAUGGGGAAGUCUGUCCCGCUGGCUGGAAGCCUGGCAGCGACACGAUCAAGCCCAACGUGGAUGACAGCAAGGAGUACUUCUCCAAACACAACUAGGCUGGUAGACGGAUAGUGGUCUUGUGCUCUCGGCCCCCAGGUGUGCCCCUACCUGGGUGCCCUGUGCUGACCCAGGAAAGGCCAGACCUGACCCUCCAAAUUCCACAAUCCCUGGAGGGCUAGGCCAAGGUCUUCUCAUGCCCCUACCUAGGAGCAGGGGAAUAGUGACUCCACCCAGCCUGGCACAGACCUAAAGGUAACCAAUAAAGUAUUAGGAACAAAUGUGA